UUUCUGGGUUGCGGAGUUCAUUGGAAUUCGGGGAAUAUAUCCAGGGGCACACUUCAUAUUAUCUCGAUACUAGGCAUUAUUUCAUAUUACAAUGAUUAUUUUGUUUUCACUGCUCAUACCUAUUCCCAACGAGCCUAGUUGCAUGCGGAGAAGCUGGAGAAACUGGGGAAAUGUGCUGCAGUCCUCCACUUCCUCCACUACGGGAGCUUCCACCACGACGUUUAACCGUGAUAGCGGGUCAUUUAUUCCCGGUUCUACUCCCCAAGGCUCCCCAAUCGUCAAUUAAGCUGCCCUUGCCACACUAGCAACCCUAGCAGCGAGUGCUACUUUGGCCAGGUCUUAGAUGGGGAAUCGAGAGGGGAACCUGAAUAACUGGAGGUAAUGCGGAAUCAUGGUCGCUGUAAGAGACGAUACAUGGAUACCGAGGGUAGGUAGGUAGAUAGGUAUAUAAAUGUACCUACCUCGGUAGCCAUAUAAUUGCUAUCGGACUUACAGCAACGAAUUCUCAAGAUGUCAGCAUCAACAUUCUCCGUGGUCAUCCUCCUCGGAACAUUCGCUCGCGUGGUCACAAGUUCCGCGGACGCAUGUGCAUCCUUCGGAAGCCGCCUCUCCAUCCCCAAAACCGCAUUAAUCGCCCACGAGUACCACCCCAAUGGCACGAGCAUCCCACUCCCCGGGACCGCACCGUCAUGCGGCGGGCCCGACCUCCACGCCACCGCCACCGCCUCUAUCUGCCGACUCGUCCUCGCGACCAAGACCUCUCCCUCAAGCAAGCUGCAGAUAGAAGCGUGGCUCCCCGACGAGCAGAACUGGAACGCGAACCUGCUGUUCACGGGCAACGGCGGCAUCGGCGGCUGCAUCGACUACGCGACGAUGCAGAACGGCGUCGCCGGCCUCGGGCGCGGUGGGUUCGCCGCCUUCGGGACGAACGCGGGCCACAACGGGUCCGUCGGGCACGAGCUCUUCCUCAACCGGCCCGAGGCCAUCAAUGACUUCGGGCACCGGGCCGUGCACGUCGAGGCGGAGGUUGGGAAGGAGAUCGCGCGGCAGUACUAUGACCGGACGGGGAAGGCGGCGCGGAAGAACUACUACGCGGGGUGUAGCACGGGAGGCCGCCAGGGGUUCCAGAACGCGCAGAUGCAUCCGCAGGACUUCGAUGGCAUGUUGCUUGGCAGCCCCGGCGUCGAUUGGCUGCACGUCGUCGCGUCGAAGGGGAUCCUUGCGCGGCGGAUCGGGUGGCCUGAUCUAAACUCUCCGGCGUAUGUGCGCCCGGAGCAGUGGGGGGGUAUCGUCGAGGCGCAGGUCAAGCAGUUCGAUGCGCUGGACGGCGUGGAGGACGGGAUCAUCGACGAGCCGACGACGCACCGGUUCGACCCCACGAUCUUAGCGUGCGGGACCGGCGUGCUCAACGCUUCGCUCUGUCUCACUCCGCAGCAGGUCGAGUCGGUGCGCAGGGCGUACGAGCCGAUUGCGAGUUCGUCGGGCGAGAUCGUGUACCCGGCUUUUGAGCUCGGCUCGAGGACGGAUGUGUUCUCGGAGAACCAGGAGAAUGGGACGGCGAGGAUGGGGUACACGAUCUUGCAGGACUUUUGGCGCGGGGCGGUCUACAAUGAUACGGACUGGACGCCGGAGAGUUUCAGUGAGGCGGAUAUGGAUUUUGCGGUGGGGAUCAACCCGGGGUUGGUAAACUCGGCGGAGAAAGAUUUGUCGAGCUUUUACCAGAGGGGCGGGAAGAUUAUUUCGUAUCAUGGGAGGACCGAUGAGACCGUCACAUCUGCUAACUCCGAGCAAUUCUUCACCGGGGUCCAGAGCGCCCUAGACCUCACGCUGGAAGAUAUUCAUAGCUUCUACCGACUAUUCUUCCUACCCGGGAUGCACCAUUGUUCAGGGGGGCUAGGCGCGUGGAGUAUCGGAAAUGCUAUGAAAUAUCCAUAUGACAAGGCGUUGUUAGAUCCUAAAUACAACGCGCUUGCUGCGUUGGUGGAGUGGGUUGAGAAUGAUGUUCCACCGGAGACUUUGAUUGGCACGAAGUACAAAGAUGAUAUUGUGGGAGGCAGAAUUCUAGCGCAGCGAACACAUUGCCCCUAUCCCUUGGUAAGCAAAUGGGACGGUGGUAAUGACACCAAGCUAGCGACUAGCUGGGAGUGUCGAAUGCCUUUGUAGACGGUACAUAGUUAUCAGAAUUUGGUAGAAAGACGGAAUAAAAAGAAAAAAGAAGAGUUGACGAUGAUGCCCCCACACCGGAUUGAACGAUGGACCUCAGCAUGUCGCAUAUGACUAACGAUACGAGUGCUGCGCCUGAG